AUGGCUGCCUGUGGUAGCCUUGAACACAUUUUUGAGAAGCCAAUGCCAGAAAAUCCUACGCUCAUCGGAUCUUUUUCCCCAUGGAACCAGAUCAAAUCCAUGAAACCAAUCGACCUCUCAUCUUUUACUGAGAUUUUUGGCGAGCUGCACUUCAAGGAAAAUCCUAAAUCACCAUCCUUGCCUUCUCUUCCUCCUAACUCAUCUUCCUUGGUGGAUCCAAAUCCACAGCCUGCGUUAGAAACCCUCAACUUCAAAAACGAUGGUAAUGCUAUCAAUGGGGAGAGGACGAAGAACAACAACGACCUACCAUCUAGGGAUUCUUUGUUGGAUGCAGAGAAAAAGAAGCAAUACGUGGGUUGUUCACCCAAGAGCGGUGAUGGGUUUUCAUCCAAGAAUUCAGAAAGUUUGCAGCACUGCACGGAAGGCCUCGGAUUUGAGAGCUCCGAUGAUGUCGAGGAUUCCAAAAGUGAUACCAGCGGUGACUGGAAGACGAAAGAGGAAGAGAAAUUGAAUAUAUCGAAAUACUCAUCGUGGGAGAAUAAAUCUGGGGAGUUUAAGAGAUCGAAGGCAACUGGUAGGCCUUUCCCACCACCCAUCUCUUGCAUUGGUAGCAGCGGGAAGCCAUGGGUUUGCUUCAAAUCUUAUCGAUACGACGGGAGGUUUAUUCUGAAGGAGAUUAGAAUACCGACCCAGGAGUUCCUGCAUGCACGUAGGGAAGAUGGACGUCUGAAAAUUCGCUUUGUUCAAUCAGAAGGAAUUCUAGAGGAAGAUGACGAAGAAAGAAGAGGAGGAGAGGAGGAAGAAACAGAAGAUGAAGCAACCGAGAACGUAGAGGACGAUGCCAGUGAAGUAGAGGAUCAAGAAGAAGAAGAAGAAGAGAAAAUUGGCCAAGAAAAAACUUUCAAGGCUGUUAGACUGUUGUUAGGUGAUAGUCCUUCAGAAGGCUGA